AUGGCUCCAGGACUCUUCGAACGCAUCCAGUCCAAGAUUGACAUCUGGCGACUCGAGCAGCGCUACACCCGCCGCCGCCACAGGCGCUCAACCUUCGUCUCCAACGCUAUCUACGUCGACGGCGAGUACAUCUACCAGACUCCCAACGCGACUGGCUCCUCCAACAACUCCAACACAUCCUCGGCCUAUGACAGCGCAACCCCAUCACCCACACACGCCCAGACCUUCAGCCCAGCAGCAACAGCAGAGGCCACAGCGCCCAGCAAGGCGGAGCGCAAGAAGCUGAACCGCUUCAGCUCCAUGCCUGGGUUUGGCUCCAUGUCCAAGAGGGACAGUAUCAUCGCCCCACCGCCUGCCGACUGGAGGACACAGAGGGCCAGCUUCGACGGAGCGAGAUAA